UGACAGCAGGACAAACUGUCUCCUUAAGUAACACAUAGGCAGGGCAUUUUUUAAAAACUCACUUUUUCUAAUUCGAUGCCACGAUGUUGCCUUUCAAGAGAACUUUUGAGAGCGAGAAGCAGCAGCUGCAGCAGCUCAACAGCAGACUGGCCCAGUAUCUGUCCAGGACCAAGCAGCUGGAGCAGGAAAACGCGCAGCUAAUCGCUCAGAUAAACAAACUCAGACAAGCGAGGACGGCGGGAUGGGAGCCCAAGUACCUGGGUGAGAUGCGGGACCUGAGGAGGAUGAUCGGGCAGCUGUCGUUUGAGAAGUCCCAGGCUGAGAUGGAGAGGGAGAAGCUAUGGCGGGAGUUGCAGAUGGUCCGGUCUCUGUGCAGCGAGCAGACGGAGGUGUGCCGGGACAUCAGCGGCGACAUCAAGAGCUACGAGAAGGAGCUCCACGUCGCGCACAAGACCAACGAGGAGCUCCAGCAGCGAUUUAUCCAACUGGAAAACGAGUACAAAUGUAUGGUAGAUGCGCACAGGCAAGAAAAGGAGCGCCUCCUGCGUCAGGUGGAGUCCCGGGUGGUGCCCAUAAUCACGCAAACUUACCGCGGGCCUCCGGUGGCCACUAUGGAGGAGGUGCAGGAGUACGCCCGCGGAGUUUCCGAAGGAUGGAUCGAGACUCUUGAAAUGUACCAGGUGAAGGUGGAGGAAAUGGAGCAGGCGAUCAAAGCGGACCAGGCGAGACUGAGCGAUCUGCAGAGGGAGAAGAUGCUGUACGCGUCAGAGUUGGACAAAUUACACACAGAGGCGGAAAAACAAGGACAGAUUCAGUUCCGUCUGGAAAAAGAGCUGAUGCACAUGCAGGAGAAAUUCCGGGUGGACUUCAGUGAAUAUCAG